UCCGAACAAAUCCAAAGCAGUUCCCACCUCAUCGCCUUCCUCCUUCCACCGUUCCCUGCCCGCCAACCAGGACGUACACGCCGGACACACGUCACAGCCUUGAAGCCUCCCUCCCACACAACCCCAAGCCCCAACACAAACACACACACACGAUCGGUCUCGUCGCAGCGCAGCGCCGCGCCGCGGGUUUGAUCGUCACGAGUGGCGACUUCCUUCCCCUCCCUCUUUCGCCGAUGACCACCUCGUCCUCCGGGAGCAUCGAAGCACCGGCGAACUCCAGACCCGGCUCGUUCUCGUUCGCGAGCACGAGCACGAGCUUCACGAACAUGCUGGGGGGAUCUGCGGACGCGGCCGGCGGGGCGUCGAGGUACAAGGCCAUGACCCCACCGUCCCUGCCCCUGUCGCCGUCGUCCUUCUUCAGUAACAUCCCCGACGGCCUCAACCCCGCCGACUUCCUCGACUCGCCGGCACUCCUGAGCUCCAGUAUCUUCCCCUCGCCGACGACGAACGCAUUCGCCUCGCAGCAGUUCAGCUGGCUGGUGACGCCAGGCGCGGAGCAAGGCGGCAAGGACGAGCAGAGGCAGUCGUACCCAGACUUCUCGUUCCAGACCGCGCCGACGGCCGAAGAUGCCGUGCGGACGACGACCUUCCAGCCACCGGUUCCAGCGGCCCCACCGGUUGAAGAGGCGUACAGAGGUCAGCAGCAGCCAUGGGCCUACCAGCAGCAGCAAGCUGCAGGCAUGGACGCCGGAUCCAGCCAGGCUGCCUACGGCGGGCCGUUCCACCAGGCAGCCUCGUCGGACGCCGCCGCGAUGGCGCCGCACGUGCCGGCGAGCGGCGGGUACAGCCACCAGGCGCAGCAGUCGCAGAGGCGGUCGUCGGACGACGGGUACAACUGGCGCAAGUACGGGCAGAAGCAGGUGAAGGGGAGCGAGAACCCGCGCAGCUACUACAAGUGCACCUUCCCGAGCUGCCCCACCAAGAAGAAGGUGGAGCGGUCGCUGGACGGCCAGAUCACCGAGAUCGUGUACAAGGGCACGCACAACCACGCCAAGCCGCAGAACACGCGCAGGAACUCCAGCAGCGCGGCUGCGGCGCAGCUGCUGCAGGGCGGCGACGCGUCCGAGCACUCGUUCGGCGGGAUGUCGGGCACGCCCGCCGCGACGCCCGAGAACUCCUCCGCGUCCUUCGGGGAUGACGAGGUCGGCGUGGGCUCGCCGCGGGCCGGGAACGCCGGCGGCGACGAGUUCGACGAGGACGAGCCGGAUUCCAAGAGAUGGAGGAAAGACGGCGGUGACGGCGAGGGUAUCUCCAUGGCCGGCAACCGAACGGUGCGUGAGCCGAGGGUCGUUGUCCAGACCAUGAGCGAUAUCGACAUCCUCGACGACGGCUACCGGUGGAGGAAGUACGGGCAGAAGGUGGUGAAGGGAAAUCCAAACCCAAGGAGCUACUACAAGUGCACGACGGUCGGGUGCCCCGUGCGCAAGCACGUGGAGCGCGCGUCCCACGACCUGCGCGCCGUGAUCACCACGUACGAGGGCAAGCACAACCACGACGUGCCCGCCGCGCGGGGCAGCGCCGCGCUCUACCGGCCCGCGCCGCCGCCCGCGGACACCGCCGGCCACCACUACCUCGCCGCGGCGCGGCCGGGCGUGGCCUACCAGACGGGGCAGCAGUACGGGUUCGGUGACCAGCUGGGCUCGUUCGGCCUCAGCGGCGCGCCGGCGCAGAGCGGCGGCGGCGGCUUCGCGUUCUCUUCCGGCUUCGACAACCCGAUGGGCUCGUACAUGAGCCAGCACCAGCAGCAGCAGAGGCAGAACGACGCCAUGCACGCGUCGAGGGCCAAGGAGGAGCCCCGGGAGGACAUGUUUUUCCCGACGUCGUUGCUGUACACUGACUGAAGGACAAGGACGGCAGGACAUGGCGUGGUGUGGUGUCCAUAAACUGUUCCUUUGGCACACGGAUUGUUGUUGUUGUUGUUGUUGUUGUAUCUAGGAUAGGUUGAACAGAUUUCUUUAUUUGUUUGGAGGCCUCCAUGUUGGCAGUGGCAGAUGCUUGCCGUGCCGCAGGGGUGUCUCCCUUAACACGUGAAAGGGGGGAAAGAAAGGGAUUUAGGAUACUAGAGUCUAGGACACGUGGCAAUUACACAGAAGGGGUAAAGAAGUUUUGUUCCUCAAAGACAAAUUCACACAUGAGACUUGUUGUAGUCAGGAUUGGACAUAAUUUCAUGUCACAGAACAUUUGUUAAGAUUCAAAUUGAUUGUUCUCUGGUA